CUCAUUUCCAAAUCUGUGCUGUGCUCUGUGCCAGUGGACACAAGCAGUUACUAUUACAAAUAUUAUUAGUGCUUGCCACAUUGUUGGCUAGUGGUGGAACGGCAGCUGUUACAAGCGUGAACUAUUUCGAAAACGGUUGACAUAAAUGCGGAAAUUACUAUUUGAUAUGCAGAGUGACGACUAAUUUACUACUACAACUAAAGUUAUUGAUAUUUUGAAUUUGCGUUACAAGAGCUGUAACGCAAUCACUCCGAUUUCUUACUGAAGCGCUCUACGCUUUAUUUGUUGUUUCUAAUCCCAACCGCUAUUCGCCUGAAACGGGAAACCGAAAAUGGAGCGAAGCAGUCAAUGUGCUGCUGAAAAAUGAAAGUACAUAAAUUAAACUCAAAGUAGCCGCCCAAAAACGCAACGAACGCCCCGAAGAGGCGAACAAUAAACUAACAAAAACACCAAAUACAACAAAAACAACAAAAAACCCAAAAUCCCAACAACAAAAAUAGCGCAACAACAAAGACAAGUGCUGGCAAAAACAUAGCGCAGCUUAGUGCACACUCAAAUAUAGCAGUGAAGUGCAGAUCUUAUUUCAGCGUUGCAUACAUUUGGGCGGUAACGCGUGCCAUCUUACUCGCUUAACGGAAAAAGUGCUGAAAAAAGUCGAAAAAAUACGCAAAAUUAAAAAAAAAUCUACGAAGUGCAAUCGCUGCAAAUUUCGUACAAACGCGGAGUGUGCAGCAAAAACAAAAACAAAAAAGAAAACGAAAAGUGGCAGUAGAAAGAAGUGCAACGCUGCCAAAGAAGACGUGGCGUAUUAGUAAUGUUUCUGCAGCAACAACAACAACAACAGUUACAACAACAAAACCUAGCGAGUACUGUCCAUUCAGUGUUCCGAAUCGGCUGUGUGUGCCAGAAGUAGAGCAAAGUGCACAAAAGCUUUGUCAGUGGGGAGUCUGCCAACAGACUUCAUAAUCAGCAUCAUCAUAACCGGUAACAAGAACAGCAGCAACAGCAACAACAAGUACAACUAGUGCAACAAAAGCAACGGCAGUUGUGUUGAACGUGCUAGCCGGCUGGCCAUUUAAGCAUAGCCUCGCCACAACUUUAAAUAACCGUUAUUCGUCUUCAAUUUUUUGCAGCUGCUUUAAACUCUCUCCGUCUCACACCGCUCCUCGCACUUCCUGCACUGGUCAACAUCAACACGAGCCUGCAAUACCCUCUAGCUCCAGCAAGCGGUUCGCCUUCGUUGCUGUCUGCCAGUCGGUUUGAGGAACGACCAUAAAUUAAACAACCAAACCAAUGGCAGCACAACAACAGCGAUGCUAGUCUUUCAAACACGGCAAAAGCCAAGCGCCGAGUUUAGAACAACUUUAAACGAAAUUAUAUAACUAAAUUCUUGCUGUUCAAAUAUAUGUAAAUUCAAAUACUUUGAACCAAAAUUCUAACCGCAAAAAAUCACUUUUAUGCCUACGAAUCAUAAAAAGUAAACAUAUUUCAUUAAAAUUCUAGCUGUGUAAAGAGCAAACACAUAUACGACAUUAAAAAGCCAAAAAAAGCAACAACUAUGCAGCUUCGUAGUUUAGUGCAGCACAACUCGCACAGUAGAACGAUUAGAGGCAGUCGGUGAAGCGCACAUGCUUUAUUAGUCCAAAACUAAAUUUAAAUCAAAUAGAUAUAUAAAUAUUAUUAUUAAGUAGAAGCAGCAUUAGCAUACAUAGACAUAUAUAUAUAAACGAUACACACACAUACUUAAAGCAAACCGCAUAGAUAAAGUAAUUGUUAUCAGAGCAUUAAGUAAUUAAAGCGAAAGGGCAAAAUCGAGCGCUAACUAGUACGCAAAAUACUUUACAAAUACAUACAUACAUAUACAAAUAUAAAUAGCAACAAAGCACGAGCUUCCUAGUAGAGACCUCAGCAAUUAGGAAAAUAUGAAAAGCGAAAAUUAACACACAACAAAAAGCGUAAAACUAUUCAAGCAACAACAAAGUACACACAUUCAUUGCGCCACACGCAGUUUUGUACAUAAAUCGAAAGAAAGAAAGCUGAAUCCGGCAGCUGCAAGGCACCAUACAAGCACAGAGUCGCAUUGCAAAACAUAGCAUAUUUACAUAGAGAGUAAGCGCCAUCAGCUUGUAAGAUAAACUCACGUACUCACGUACUCACGAAAUCACACGCUUCAAUUGAGCCGGUGGGCGCACGCUUAAUUUAGAAAGGAGUAGCAACGCAAUCAUCAACUGCAAAGCUUAAGUGAGCAGUCGCGCACAGCAUCAGCAAUCGCCGACACGCCUACAAACCACCCACACAAACACAGCCACGCAAGAGUUAUAGAACACACACUCGCUAAAGUCCAAAGCAACCGUCCAAUUUGCGAGCCACAACGGUGACAACGAAAUACAAACCACCAAACGACGGUUGAACAGUUGCUGUUGUAGAGUUGACACGGUCGACUGCGAGAGCUUUACGCAGCAUUACUUUACUUAUGGCCAAAGAACGCGUACGCAGCGUUUAAAAUUUGCAAGGGAAACUUAAAACACCCAUACACUAACGAAAGAAGAAGGAGAAGAGCACACGAGCACCGAAAAUGGCGCUAAUAUUGUUAAACAGACAGCGGUCCAGUCGCGAUCGCACACAAUUGGCGAUCUUCUGUCUGCUCUUGGUGUGCACAACAACGCUUAGACUUGUCCACGGCGCUGAGACGCCGAACAACGGUAGCAGCAAUAAUUUGGCUGCCGUUGGCAACAAACCAAAUGAUGAUAAAGUGACUCGUAGUACGGACGUGGCGGGGGCCAACUCGGACGUGAGUGCUGUUGCUAAAGCCGGCGGUGCCGGUAGUGGUGGUGGAGGUGACGCGGCGGACGUUGGCGGUGACACACCGAAGGCAAAUCAGAAUAAUAAUGCUGGUGCUAUAAGUAGCAAUGAUAAUGGUGUUGUGGAUGGUGAGAGUAAUGAUGAUGGUGAUGAUGAUGAUGGCAAUGCUGAUGAUGCUAAUGGUGGCGAUAAUGUCACCGCCUUGUCGCAGCACAGCGGCAGUUCAUUGCAAUGCAAAGACGGUCUGUUGCUUAAAGUUUGGAUGCCAAUUGACAAUGUGAGUACCGGUGAUCGCGUUGCGCGGGGCCUUGUGUACUUCCUGGCGAUGUCGUAUUUGUUCAUUGGCGUUUCAAUUGUGUCAGAUCGUUUUAUGGCGGCGAUUGAAGUGAUCACGUCCAAGGAGAAGGAGGUGGUUAUCAAGAAGAAGGGCGGCGAGACACAGGUGGUAGUGGUGCGCGUCUGGAAUGAGACGGUCGCCAAUUUGACGCUGAUGGCGUUGGGUUCCAGCGCACCGGAGAUACUCUUGUCCGUUAUUGAAAUGUUUCAGAAGGGUUUCGAAGCUGGCGAUUUGGGUCCGGGCACAAUUGUCGGCUCAGCCGCAUAUAAUUUAUUUGUCAUAAUAGCCCUUUGUAUUGCUGUCAUACCGAAUGGUCAAGUGCGCAAGAUCAAACAUCUGCGGGUAUUCAUUGUAACGGCCGCUUGGUCUCUGUUUGCCUACGUUUGGUUGUACUUGAUCUUGGCGCAGAUUUCACCGGGGCGCGUCGAAGUCUGGGAGGGUCUAUUGACAUUUAUUUUCUUCCCCACUACCGUCCUGACGGCUUAUAUAGCCGACAGACGUUUGUUGAUUUAUAAAUAUCUGGACAAGAACUAUCGCAUGAAUAAGCGUGGCGUUAUUGUGAGCGCCGAGGGCGACGCCGUACUCGAGAUGAAUCGUCAUGAGAGCAUCAAGGAGCUGGCCGAGAAUGAAGAGAUGAAAGACUUCGAGGAUGCACGACGUGAAUACAUUUCAACGCUGAAAGAACUGCGUAAGAAGUACCCACAAAGCGAUCUGGAGCAAUUAGAAAUGAUGGCACAGGAGCAAUUGAUUAAUCGAGGCCCCAAAUCACGCGCUUUCUAUCGCAUACAAGCCACCCGCAAGAUGAUGGGCAGCGGCAAUAUAAUGCGCAAAGUGCAGGAACGUGCUCUCACCGAUCUCAAUGAGGUGAAAGCACAGCUGCAGCGCGUCGAAGUGGAGGCCGAAGACGAUGAUACGACGGUACGCAUCUGCUUCGAGCCCGGCCACUACACUGUCAUGGAGAGUUGUGGUGAAUUUGAGUUGCGCGUUGUGCGUCGCGGUGAUUUAUCCGGUUAUACGACCGUCGACUAUCAAACGGAAGACGGUUCCGCCGAAGCCGGUAGCGAUUAUAUUGGUAAGAAGGGUGUACUCACCUUUCCGCCGGGUGUCGAUGAGCAACGCUUCAAAAUCGAAGUUAUCGACGAUGAUGUUUUCGAGCAAGACGAACAUUUUUAUGUGCGUUUAAGUAAUCCGUCGGAUCCGGCAAUACUGGCUGUGCCCAAAGUGGCCACUGUUAUGAUACUCGAUGAUGAUCAUGCGGGCAUAUUUGCCUUCAAUCAGAAGACGCAUGAUUUCGCUGAAUCCAUUGGUACAUACGAUUUGAAGGUGCAACGUUAUUCGGGUGCUCGCGGCAAGGUGAUCAUACCGUUUUGGACAGAGGACGGUACUGGUAAGGCGGGCAAGGACUACGAACCAGUGCAGGGAGAGUUGGUGUUCGAAAAUAACGAAACUGAAAAAUUCAUUCCGCUGGGAAUCAUUGAGGAAGGCAGCUAUGAAAAGGAUGUGCUAUUCUACGUCAACAUCGGCGAACCCAUCAUCGCGCCAGAUAAUAGCAUUAAAACGGAAGCACUUAAAUUUCUAAACAAGUUUCUCGACGAUGAAAUGGUAGGACUUAUUGAGGCCGCCGAGAAGAAGGCACCGGAGGAACUAACGGAGGAGGACAAAAUGGCCUUGCUGGGUCGUCCCAAGUUGGGCGAGGUGGUGCGUGCCGAGCUGCGCAUCAAGGAGAGCAAAGAAUUUAAGAACACUGUGGAUAAAUUGGUGCAAAGGGCGAAUGCGUCACUGCUGAUUGGCACAUCGUCGUGGAAGGAACAGUUUGCGGAUGCGUUGACGGUAACUGCUGGCGAUGAUGAUGGCAAUGGCGAUGGCGGUGAGGAUGAUGGCCCUUCAUCGCCUUCAUGCUUCGAUUACAUAUUACAUUUCCUAACGCUCUUCUGGAAAAUCAUAUUCGCAUUCAUACCGCCAACAGAUAUUGCCAACGGUUAUUUGUGCUUUGUUGUAUCGAUAUGUGGCAUCGGCAUGGUGACAGCACUAAUUGGUGAUGUGGCAUCACAUUUCGGUUGCACGCUCGGCGUUAAGGAUGCAGUAACGGCGAUUUGUUUUGUAGCGCUCGGCACCAGUUUGCCAGAUACAUUCGCCAGUAAAGUGGCCGCCAUACAGGAUAAGACGGCCGAUGCGAGUAUCGGCAAUGUGACGGGUAGUAAUGCUGUGAAUGUCUUCCUUGGUAUUGGUGUAGCGUGGACCAUGGCCGCCAUAUACCAUGAAUCGCAUGGACGGGCCUUCAGAGUGGAGGCGGGCACCUUGGCUUUCUCGGUGACACUUUUCCUAUCGGGAGCUUUGAUUGCCGUUUUCCUGAUAAUGUAUCGACGUAAGAAAUCCAUUGGCGGCGAAUUGGGCGGCCCGUCACCACAAAAAUACAUACACAGCGCCAUUUUCUUCAGUCUGUGGUUGAUCUACCUAAUAAUGAGCACUUUGGAAGCGUACGAAGUCAUCCAAGGAUUCUAAAGGAGCACAAAACACAAAGGUCAUAGAUAGAAUGGAUACAACUACACACAUACAUACUUACAUGAAAACUUACCUACUUACUAUCUUCUUAAUAGCCAAAAGCAAAAACUAAAUUAAUUAACAUACACACACACACACCCAUACAAGCAUAUAAAAAUACAAAUUUAGAGGCAUCCAUUAUACAAUAAGCCUACCUACAUACAUACAUACAUGCGAUACUAAUGCAUUAGGUACAGUUUAAAGUGCAUAAAGGACAUGAAUUAAGGGAAAGGAGGAAACAGAAAUGUUCGCGAAUAAAUGAAAAUCAUAAGUGCAAAGCUAUUAUACAAAAAACAAAUUAUUAAAAAAUUAUGCAAAUAUAACUACAAUUCGCACUGUCCUUCUUUAAUAAUUAUAAAAAGGAAACAGUUUAAGAAAUCAUAAAUUUGAACUACAAGUCUCAUCAGGGGUUGAUAGCUCAGCUAAAACGAUUUCUUAAAUAUCUGUACAGAAAUAGCAAGCUAAUAGUAAACUAGUGGCUGGAGCAGUGUUAGGUUCAUUCUCCAAACUCGUAGAAGAUUUCUUUAAGUUCUCUACUUAGCAUACAUACUAUAUAUUAUGUAUGCUAAGCUUACAUAAUCGACAUGCUCUGAAACGCUACACGAAAUACUAACGAAUGAGCAAGGUGGUGUAACGUAAAGGGUUUGCUAUAGCAGAGAUGUCAAUUAAGGAAAAGGUGUUGUGAGAAGACAAAGAGAAAGAGAACUGAUGAUUAUACAUAACUAAAUAUAUGUAAAAAUUCAAUAGCUUCGAGAGCGAUGUUGAAGGAGAACUUAACUUAUGAAUACAAGGACCACAAUUAAACCCGUUAAUAGCAGUUUUGACUUGAAAAUAUUUUGUCAAUUUUUCUUUGGUACGGAUGAGCAUCAAAACGAAGAAACAAAACAAUUUAGUUCACAGUUGUAGACUCUCUCGACUCUCUACUACUUAUGCCUCCAACCCUUUAACGCACAUACUCUCAACUAUGCGACGGCUUGAAGAACAACAAAAGAGGUCUUCCAUUUAAACGGUAAUCUUUUGUUUUGCACUAGGUUUGGGUAAUCAGUUCGAUUUCCGGUAGCAGCACGCAAGUUUUGAAAGCUAGCACGAAGUUAAGCUUCUUUUAUGACUCGAAAGUGUUUUUAGUGAGUUGAAAAAUGUGCAGGAGGGAAGGCAAUUAGGUUUGAGCGGAGGUCGACGAUGGAUCAAAAUUUUAAAAGGCAUAUAUUUAAUUAAGCCGUAAAAUUCUAACUGGCUGUUAAGCUUAUAACGGAACUUUGAAAUAAUGUUAAUUCAUGAUAGUUUUUUUUGGCUGAGAAUGUCAACUUUUGUGAGCAAAAAACACUAGCACAUAAAACCACUUUUCUAAAUAAAAUGUCAAAACCCAAAUUUCUUAAAAACCGAAAAAAGCAACAACUAACUAAAGCUAAUAAAAGGGUAGGAUAGUCUGGCUUGAAAAUCAUAGCAAAUUUAAACAACACAGGCUGAAGCGAAUACAGAAAAUAAUAGCAACAAAGUUGCAGUGAGGUGGCAACCAUAGUUAAAGUAAGCAGCAGAACGAAUGUUAACAGAAAAAAGCAACAAAAAUAUUAUUAAAAAAACCAUUACUAGCAAAGCAAAAUGCAUAGGAAAAUUAAGAAUGAUGAAUGAAGGGAAGUCCAAAAUAAAUAUAGAAAAAGGCAAAAUUACAUAAUGAAGAGAAACAAUCAUUGAAUUUUUGUCUCAGAGUCCAGGCAACAUUUUAAGGAGCAAUUACAUAAUUACACGCAUUGAAGCAUAGGAGCAUAGGAAGCAUAGGAGCAUAGGAAGCAUAGGCGCAUAUAAGAUAUAGGCUAAACAAAUAGAUAAAGCAUAGUUAAAAGUAGUGAUUUGAAAGCAAACUAAAACAAAAACAAAAACAAAAUGAGCAAUAGCGCGCGAUAUUUACGUAGCAAGGAUGUGGGGCGGCCAUUUUACGCUGUGCCACCAUGCACAGUUAUACUGAAGUACUUUAAAAAUGUAAACGAAACAUCAAGUAUAAUUACAACAAUAAACAAAAGAGGCAAAAUAUGCAAUAAACUUGUAUUACUAAAUUUAAUUUAUUUUUAUAUAUAUUAUAAUGAUAAUAUACAUGCAUACAUAUGUAAUUAAUAAUGUAAUGCAACUAAGUUAUGCCAUUAAAGAUAUACAGAAACCCAAAAACAAAACAAAAAACAAAUGAAGUAAGAAUUUGAAUACCAAGCAGGAGGAAGAAACAUAUUUGCAGAGCGAUAGCAAUUUUUAGAGAAAUUUUAUUGUUAUUGUAUUAUUCUAAUAUUGUAUGUAUAUGUAAUGUGUAUGUAAUGUUAAUUUAGUAACAAAUUGAUAAUGCGAAGCGAAU